AGAGCAUGAUUUUUAUUCAAGUUCAACGUGAACGCAUGGGAAGGAGCUGAAUACUUAGAAUUGUUACUUAUCACUCUUUCUUCUGCACUUCUUUGAGAAAAUCUUUGUUGUCCACCAAAACCUGGAAAAUAAAAUAAUACUAUUAGAUAAUCAGAUGGAGAUUACUAAGUAGCUAUAAUUGAAACUGCUGUGUCUCAACUCAAGGACCAACCGUUUUGUGGCCAUCUGGAUCAAGGAAGGAAAUGAUUCUGGUGAUUGGAUCUGGGAGUCUGGUUAUCUUUCCUCCAAGUUCUUGACUGACCAGUGUGACAACAGCAGCACUCUUGUAUACAUCGUCAGUGCUUAUAGAAACCUAGCGAUGGGGUUCAAUGUUGCAUCAGUGGUGUAUUCAGUCACAUUAUAGUUAUAUUUCAACUCCACGGCAGUUGUCUGAGUUAAGUUUGAUCCAUAAGCCAUCAUAGCAAUGGCAAACUGUCCAGUAAAAAACACGUCAAAGAAAUGAUCCUGUACCCUGGAGUGCUAAAGCUUCCGUGCAGAAUUCAAUAGCAAGAUCGAGAUCAGCUACAUUCAGCAUUAUUUGGCAAAGUGGUUCUGGAGUUGGAGGCCUCUGAAUGAUCUCAAAGCUAUAGCCAUCAAAAUCCUGCACGAAGGCAAAAAUGGUUGUGCCCCCUUCCUGAAUUGGCCCUGGUUCACGUGUGACGACUCCACCCUUGGCCCGAAUCUCCUCCACCGUUUUGUAAACCUGAAGAUUCAGACGGGUAAGUAACAACUAAAUUUUGUAAUCUGAAUUUUUAAUGAAUGUGAUUUAGAUCACUCUAUGACACACACAUCUUGGCUUGCAAUCCCAAAAUGUCCGAAGGAUGUUCCAAUCUCCAACUUGUCCACCCCAUAGACUGUGAAGGAUAGAAUGAGGUAAUUAGUAUCAUCUUUGGUGUAGGCAAAAGGCAUUCAUCCUGAAUAUGCAUAGAAGUAUGUAAAGAAAUGGCAGCUUAUGUUAUAUGUAAAGUCAAAUAGACAGUAUACUCUGUAUCAACUCCAGGACAAAAUGAGAUUCUUCAGGGCCAUAUCCAAUGACUGCCUUUGAGUGUUUUUCUUCUGGGAUUUCUGUUCUCCUCAACAACGUCAUCCCAAAGGCUUCUGUAAAUAUCAUACUUAAUGGUGCGAUUGAGAUCGCUGACUCUGAUAACAGCAUGCAGGAACCGGCGAUUAUCUUGUUGCACCCAUUCAAACAAAUCAUCACUGGAAUUGGAAUGAGCAGCCAUGCUUGAUCCAACCAGAGACAGGAGCAGAAGAAGACAACAGACAAGCUGCUUAUGGUUAGCCAUUUCAAGAUUAUAUUCUAUAAUUUUAUGAUAUAAAUCCUUCUGUGUAUGGACAAUACACCAGUCAUCAUCACCAAUUUAUAGUUCUUUGCUUUGUUUGAACAUCAACUCUAUUUUUGGUUCAAACAUCUGCCUUUAACAUUAUACG